CCUCGGUCAGGUAACGCGACUCGUCGACGUAAUUCGGCGCUUCACGGGGCACCCGCCGUAAUUAGACGUCAUCACGCCAUGAGAAACCGUAUCGAGCAGGCCUCUCCGCACAGUGGCUGGCGCGUGGCCGCCAUGCGGGGUUGGAGCCAUGGCCCGCGGAACCCAUAAAGCGCCAUUGUGCGGCACCUACAACCUGAGUAUUCGAUAUUUCUACAGCCCGGAUCCGAAAGACUUCAGCAAAUAUGACGGAGGCGCUCAAGUCAGCCCAAAACCGCCUCUCCGCGGUCGCGUCGAGCCUGACCUGGGGAGCAGCCGGAGCUGGACACAAGUUCCCGGCUUUCGACGAACUGCCGAAGGUAGAUGGAGAGCCGCAGGGCUGCAUAUGGGGCUUCUUUGACAAAGACGGGAAGAAGGAUGAGAUUGGAACAAUCAACCUCCUCACCCCCGCCGUCGUCCAGGCUGCCUCCCGCGAGAUCCAGUCCGGCGAACACGUCCAGCUCGACUGGCCGCUCCACAAUGUCGAGUUCCCUGGCUUCAACCGCAAAGAGUUCAGCCAGACGAAGAUCGACCUGAAUGAGACGCUCAACUUUAAGGCCAUGGACGACGAGCUCUAUAUCAACACUCAGUCUGGAAGUCAGUGGGACAGCUUGAAGCAUUUCGCGCACCAGGCUACCCAGAAGUACUACAACGGCUUGACCCACGAGGAAGCCACGAGGACCGACACGAACGGAAUCCAUAACUGGUGUGAGCGCGGUGGCAUCGUGGGCAGAGGUGUGCUCGUAGACUGGCUGCGGUGGUAUGAAACGCAUAACGGAGAGGCGCCGAGCCCGGUGACGCGCCAUGAGAUCACAGUAGAGGACCUGGAGGCGACGUUGAAGUGGCAGGGGACGACUACUAGACCGGGCGACAUCAUGAUCAUCAGAAGCGGAUACGUGCGGUGGCAUGACAAUGCCUCCGCAGCUGAGCGCAGAGCCGGCACCCAAGAGAAUAGCAUCGCCAUCGGUAUGCAGGGAAGCGAAAAGUCGGUCCGCUGGCUUUACGACCACCACUUCGCGUGUGUGGCUGGCGACACCCUUGCGUUCGAGGCCUGGCCUCCGAAGUUCGAUGAGGGUUGGUGCCUGCACGAGUGGCUGCUCGUGCAGUGGGGCACGCCUAUUGGUGAGAUGUGGGAUUUGGAAAAGCUCAGCAAGAUGUGUGAGCAGAAUGGCCGAUAUACCUUCUUCCUCACGAGUGCCCCGUUGCACGUCAAGGGCGGCAUUGGAAGUCCACCCGGCGCGAUCGCAGUAUUCUAGUGCCACAAUCAUUCGAAACCAGCCGUUUAAAGCGUACGCGCGUCUACUUAUACUGAUGAUAUUCUAUGCUCCUAGUCUAUGUAUCGGGACUUCUCUUUCAAUCGAU